GCUGAUGGAGUGUCAAAAAUCGCGAAAGAAAAUGGAGUUUCAAGUGAGGAUGAAGUGAUGUAGUCUUGUGCAGUGCGUAGGAAUUUCGUGAAUUUUCAUUUGUUUCUUUACGUCUCGUCUUCGUGCACGAUGCAUGGCAUUUGAAACGGACGCGGCUUUGAGUUGUGCGUAUUUAGAUGUGAAAAUGUCGGAGCAAAAUGUGCCGCAACAUUGGAAACGCGACGAGAACUGUACGUCGUCGUCGACAGCGACGGGGAGCAGUGGCUGUGGAUUUUAUACGAAAACAAAUGUCGUCGGCCUCGCCUCGAGCAGCAGCAGCGGCGGUGUCAGCAACAGUCGGCAGAUUAUCAACGAUUCGACGUCAUCAUCAUCGCCACCGUCGUCGAUAUCAUCAUUCUCAAUGAUUGCCACGGGAGGCUCCGUGCCAGCGAUGCCCAUUGUCCCCGCUCCCACGAACUUGUCCACGAGUGGCCACGACAUUUACCCGCACUCCCAGCAGCUUCCACAAGCCCAGUCGCUGCCACCACCGUCGGCCGUCACCACCCACCACCCUCCGUCGAGUUUCGAUCUGCAGAAGCUGACGAGCAUCUCGAAAAUCAACAGCCUCGCGAAAGUCAGCGGAUUCGACGGGGCCACGCAGAUGCCUGAGGAGGAGAAGCUGCGGAAGCUGCAACAAAUGGUCGAAGCCGGAAUCGGCGAUCAUGCUAAACAACAAAUUUUACAAAUUUUGGAUAAGGUUUCACUACUUAAACCUCCAGAGAGAUUACUAUUGUACCUGCGUAUGCCUGGUGGCACUCCAGAGACUGAUCCUUUAAGACAGCCACAAAAUCCAUUAGGAACGCGUUCUGAAAUAAAUCACACCAUCAAUUGGGUUCGAUCACAUUUAGAACAUGAUCCUAAAGUUUCAAUACCAAAACAAGAUGUUUACAAUGAUUAUUUAUCAUAUUGCGAACGUGUCAACAUUAAACCAUUAUCAACCGCCGAUUUUGGUAAAGUCAUGAAGCAAGUCUUUCCGGAAAUUCGUCCCAGACGAUUGGGUACACGUGGACAUUCAAGAUAUUGUUAUGCAGCCAUGCGUAAAGCUACUAAACUUGAUCCGCCACGUCUUCCCGAUCUUAGUGUGAAUGCUGGUAGCCAUGGUGAAUUGACUGAAACUGUGGACGAUGAGUCGUGGAAAGUGAUAAAAACAUGGGCCGAAGGUUUAUUGAAUUCAACGUUUACAUCUCUGAAAGAACUGGCCAAUUACAUUAAUAAAUAUCAUUCGUCAUCGCCGGCUGCUAAUAGCUCCAGGCUGCUGUUGCAAAAGAAACUGUUGCAACGUGAAUCUAAGGAGAAACGCAAAUAUGUGGACACAAGCCCUCUAAAGAAACGACGAAAGAAAAAGCGAAGAAGUUCAUCAUCUUCAGAAUCCGCAGCUGUGCCAUCAAUGGCAUCCGAUAAUUCCAUAGUGGACAUUAAGCAGGAAGUGAUAGAUCCAAUCGUUCAAUCCCCCCUAGUCGACGUGCAGACUUCAUUGAUGACAACACCGUUACAAGGAGGACCGCCGCAGCUUCAACAGCAACCGCAACAAAUGGUGCCGAUGAAUUUAGUAGCUACGGAACACGCCAAUAACAAUAAUCAUAAUCUACAAAAGCAUCAUAAAAUUCAAGGUACAAAUUUAGCCUGUGAUAAUAAUGACCUAGUCGUUGGUUGUUCAACCACUAAAAACUUAGUUGCUCCGAAUUUAUCAUCGCCUAUUUGUGCUCCUUCUAAUACCAAUAUUGCUGCACUUAAUGUCAAGGACUCGCCUGGGUCUAAAGUGAAUGCCAACCUUACAGAAAAUCUUAUUAUUAAGUCGCCCCUAAAUUCAGUUAAAGAAGAAAUUCCAGAUACUUACGAUUCGAAGAUCUACUGCAAGAAAGUCCGUCAAGCGCAACAGGCAAAAGGCCUAUGGAAUCCUACGUCGUCGAAUAUCAUUCAUUCAACUGGAAAUGCGCCGAUGCUAGCUGUGCCUGGGAUGCAAAACGCAGUACCUAAUUAUCCAGUUAUGAAAAGUGGUGAAGGGUUGAUGGGACCACCGGCGCAGAUAGACAGUGUCCAUCCUGAACACUCAGUGGGAUUUAAAAGAACCAUCAACAACAAUGGAUUAUCCAUGGUGAAGAGCCCAAGUCCAAGUCAACAUCGUCGUGCCAAAAAAUUGGAUCAGAAUGGAAAGACGGAUUUGAUUCAAGACCAAGAAAUGAGUGGAUUGCCCAAAGAUGGGAAUGGGGAAAGCGUUCUGCCGGAGAAUUUGGGCCUCCCGCGCGAACGAGUGAUAAGCAUUUGCAAUAUGGACAAGCAUGAACUCGAUGACUACCUGAACGAAGGAGAGAAUUCACAAGACCAAGAGGCUGAGCUUCUACAAUAUUUCCAACAAGAAGAUGGGGAGGAUAAGUCGCCUGGCAGCGGCGAGAUCCCCAACUAUGUAAACUACAAAAAUCAGUCCUUUCCCCUCCUAGAAAAUUACCAACUUUACGGAAACAAUAAAAUCGAAAAGAAAACAAAUAAUCAAAACGAAGAAGAAAUUAACCAACUAAGAUACUACUUACAACAAAACUUGCACAAUACUAAAGACGGUGAAGGCUCAGGAAUGAAUAAAUCGCCCAUGGAACAGGCGGGGCCGUACAGUGGAAUGUACCCAGGAGGAUCGGCAUCCGCAUCGUUAGCAAUGAUGUCGCAGCGACAUCAUGGCGCUCCGUCGGACGAGCGUUCUGGCUUGCGCUGCUGCACUGCCGAUCAAAUGAAUCAAAAUCCAACGAACAAUAAUAACAAUGUUACGCCAUUACGUGGACCAAGACGAAAGAUCAACAUGAACGCCCGCUCUUGCGUACCAAACAGCCCGAAUACGAGACGAAAAAAUUUCAGUUUUGUGCCAAUAUCACCAGGUGGCCAGCAUAAUUCAGUGGACUAUAGCCCGUUUAUAAGUCCGCGAAACACUCCUGCUGUACGAAAGCCUCCACUACAUAAGCAACAAUCACUUCCAGGAACGGAUCAUCACGGCGUAAGUGAUCCUGUGCUCGGGUCCGUUGGAAGUGGAUUCGGUAAAGCGACUGAUUUUUCCAAUCCAAUUAGUUCGUCCGCGCCGCCCAGUCCUUCGCUGGUGCAACAAAGAUUUCGUUUUGGUACGACACCGUUGGUGCAGGGCUCUGUAAUGCCUGUUUUCUCUGCCGGCGGAGGUUUAACUGCGGAUCCUCAAUUCUUACAGUCCGCAGACAUGCAGUGCCGCGGUCAGAAUAUGAUGAGUUGUAACAUUUCCGGAAAUGGCGAGUCACGAUCGCAAAGCGUACCUUUGCAUUGUCGCAGCAGUCCAGCAUUCAACAACUCGAACAAUUUUCCGGGGUUUUCAUCUGCUUGUAGUUCAGUGGCGCAAACCCCUGUACCACCUGAGUUUGCCGAUUUCAACGAUGCUUCUAUUCUUGAUAUAUUUGCCGAUACGUCGCAGCCAUCUAUUAAAUUGGAAACGAGUGAAAUUGCUCCAAUUCUUGACGAUAUUACGUCGAGCGAAUCAGCGUUGGGUGUUCCAGAUCUACUUCCAAAUGAUUUCGAUAUUAAAAACAACAACAGUUCGAUUUCGCGCUCUGUUCCAUCCACACCGCUUCCUAUGAACAACUACAAAUUGAAGACUACAAGCUGUUGUGAACCGAACAAACCUGGCGGGAGUAAUAAAAUGUACGAUGUAUCGAAAUCCGUUCCAACAACGCCCAGCGCAAUAAACACAUCGUCGUUUCGAUACAGCCCGGAAUUCAACAAGGACUUUCUGAUAAAUGGAAACACAAUUGACUCCUCUCCAAAAAUGUACACCCGUAGCGUCGCCCCAUCUGUUGCCGUUGUUACGACAAACUUACCAUCAAAUGUGGUGGACACUGCAACUCCGAGCAAGCUCCUGACCAAUGCAUUACCGGAGAAUGUUGACGAACUAUCAAACUAUGGUGUCACGGAAUCGAUAAUUGGCUCAGAUAUUUUGAGCAAUCUCUAGGACAUUUUACUGGAUGAUUUCUAUUGAACAUUCUACAAAUUGAAAUUUUAUGACAAAUUUCGCCCCAAGGAAACUUUCAUCAGAGAUUCGUGACGGAAUUGAAGAAAUAGGAAAAUUGCACACAUCCGGUGAGUAAACAAAAUCCGUUUUUAUGACCUGGACACUGUAGGAACGAUGAUCUUUUUCGUGAAAGGAGCAUCUACUGAAUUUCAACUAAAGCUGUUUAUUUUACUUCAUAAUUGGUAGCAUAUUUAGAUAGGAUUCUCAGCUUCGUGAGAUAGAAUUGGAUUUGCUACUUGUUUGAGGUGUCAUCAAGUACGAGAUAUAUUUUUAGGACGCAAAGUGGUUGAAACAUUUUUAAAUGUUGCCUUUGAUAUCGAUUUUCGAUUUGAUUAUCAAAUUUAAUCGUGAACUAUCGUGUAACCUAGACAAUUUAUUUGUGCACACUAAACCAUGCAUGUUUGAGGCCCCAAAUUCAAAUCAAAUAAGUUACAUCGAAUGCUAAUCGUUAUAGUUAGAGUGUAAUGGAUGUAUCUUAUUUUUUUCGUGCAUUAUUUGGAAUUACUUCUAAUAUUUUGACGAAGCAAAACAAAUUUAUACCACACAUGAAAAAUGGAAGGAUCGUGAUUGCAUUAUAUUCAUGUUGAACAUGAUAAAUUUUUAUUGCAUAUAUUUUCUAGACUAUUUUUUUAAAAGAAGAGUAAAAAAUGUAACCUUGAAAUGUUUUGUAGGUUUAUUAUGAUUUCUAUUAUACUGUUGAUUUUUUAUUGCA